AAAAUGUAAAGAAAUUUGUAAAAAGUUUACAACCCGGAAAUAAGUUUGCAGUUUACCACAGAAGCAAAGUCUGGCAACUUCCGCUUUUUAAAUAUGUUAUUUGAAGUGUAUUUAGGCUAUUAUGCUAUUCAAUUAUGAAUACUAUAUGUAUCUUUGAUGUAUGGAUUGUAUCAUAUUAAACGCUCAUUCCGAUAGAAAGCUUUAAAAGAGGUGGAAAUGCAGUCUACUUUUACGAACUUAGAAACUAGGGUAAUCAGCCUCGUUCUCGUUCUCUUUUGCAGCCAUCAAAAAAUUGAAGAUGGUGAAGGUAAAGGCCAAGGAUCUCCGUGGGAAGAAGAGGGAAGACCUCGUCAAGCAGCUUGAGGAGCUCAAACAGGAGCUGUCUCAGUUGCGAGUUGCCAAGGUAACCGGGGGAGCUGCAUCCAAACUUUCCAAAAUUCGCAUUGUGCGCAAGUCAAUCGCCAGAGUGUUUACAGUAAUGAACCAAACACAAAAGGAGAAUCUAAGGAAAUUUUACAAAAACAAAAAAUACAAGCCUAAGGAUCUGCGUCUGAAGAAGACCAGGGCUAUCAGACGUCAACUCACCAAACACGAGGCUGCCCUCAAGACUAAAAAACAACAGAGGAAAGACCGAUUGUACCCUGUGAGGAAAUACGCUGUCAAGGAAUAGACUUAACUCUAAUUAAAGGACACUAUGUGCAUUGAGUGUAAAUACCAUUGACACUAUUAAAGUACAUGUCUAUUCUAAAUU